CGCCCACUCGAGAAGAUGCUGGGGUGACCAUGAGGCGCGUUACAGCGCAUUACCUUAUAUAGCAGGGCAGCCUCAAGGGGCAGCCCACCGUCGCCGCGCCCCAGCCAGUGCUCACCCAUCGUACUACGUACUCGCACGCGUUGCCCCUCCUUCCCGUCCCUCACGACCACCACCACUCACCCCCAUCCUCAUCCUUCCAACGACGACCGACCGACCGAACCGACCUCGACGCCGUCCACGCCGCACGCCGAACAGUCGAGUUUGUCCCUGCCGAGGACCGCCGGGCAACCAUCCUCCACCUGGUACCACCCACAACCAACCACACCAGACGCCUGGCUCUGUUUCGCCGGCCUUCUGCCCCCGUUCCGCGAGGACAGACAAACCUGCAGAGCAAACGCACGCACACUACUAGGCCAUCCGUCCUGACCGGCCCUCAUCAUGACCGCUGACGAGGAGCACGAGGGCGCCUCCAUCAAGGAGCAGCUCAUCGCCGCCUGCCGCGGUAACAACACCGACCUCCUCACCGAGCUGCUCGACGGCAAGCCCGACGACGAAAUCACCUCGCUCCUCAACAGCACCACCACCGUCAUGGGCAACUACCUCUACCACGAGGCCGCCUCGCGCGGCAACUACGAAAUCAUCGACCUCCUCCUCGACCAGCCCGCUUUCGAGUGCGACCCCGUCAACCGCCUCGAGGGCGACACCCCCCUCCACUCCGCCAUCCGCUGGCUCAACGCCGAGCCCCCCGCCCAGCGGCCCUUUGGCCUCGCCCUCGUCUCCAUGAUGCUCGAGGCCGGCUCCAGCCCCCGCGCCCGCAACCGCGCCCGCCUCACCCCCGCGCAGCUCGUCGACCCCGCCAACGUCCAGCUCAAGGAACUCAUCCACCAGCACGAGUACGCCAGCCAAAACGCUGGCGACUUCGCUCACGUCGUCGAGAGCAACGGCGGCGGCAGCGCCGCCACCAAUAACAACAACAAGAACUCCGCCGUGCUGCUCGACGCCCAUGAUGCGCGCGGCAGCGAUGAUGACGAUGACGCGGAAUUCAGCGGGAGCGACGACGAGGAGCGCGCCGAGUGGGAACGCAGGAGAAGGGAGCGCAAGGGGGCCAGGUGAUUUGGGGCGAGACGUGCAUGCCGCUGCCACCGCACCUCUACGUAGCGUCGCGAGCGGCAGGGGCGGCGAGCGGGACGGCGUUGAGCGUGCCAUUUACCGCGACAGACAUUGUGUUGGAGCAAGUACGACAUGAGCGCUAGACAUUUGCACGCCAAAGUGUAUGACAGCACCGGGCAAGUACCUAGUAACUUAGGUACCUUAGUUAUUCCCGAACCCCAUGGUGCGAUUUGGUACAAAAAUAGAAAUGGGUAUAUGACUCUAGGUACUAGGUAUGCUGUUACUAAAGGUAUCGUUUGCAGGCUAGACCUCAGGCCCGGCCAACCAUCA